AUGACUACCUCUGACCGCUAUGCUGCUAUCAACAGGCUAGAGAUGCCCUCUCCCAUUGUCCCCCGCUCCGGUGGUAAACACCCCGUCGUGUCCCCGACUAUGAACAAGGGCAAUACUCUCGCUACUCCACUUAAGCAUCAGCAUUACUCGAGAGCCACCCCAUGGACGGAGUCAACCAUGAUAGACGAUCGUUCUUGGGUCGAGUCGGUCGACACUCCCGUUCCCACUGAAAGGGUUUCUCUUCUUACUAUCACUCCGGCCGAGAGGUUCUAUCCGGUCGUCCACGAUGCAGCUACUGUUGCUUCUGUCCAAGACGACUACCACUCCCUCGUGAACAGUCUUCGUCAACAGUGCAUUGGAGAGCAAGAGCAAAUACCCUGUCCCUUGGACGGUGCCACUAGAAGGCUCAUAUACUGCGACUAUACGGCAUCAGGAAGAGCCCUUAAAAGCGUUGAAGACUUUAUUGCGAAUCAAGUCUGCCCGAUGUACGCCAACACUCAUUCCGUGGCCUCGGCUACUGCUCGGCAGACCGCCCACUUCCGAGAGGAAGCACGAGAUCGUGUCAAGACAUACUUCAACUGUUCUGAUGAAGACUCAGCCAUAUUCUGCGGUGCUGGUGCCACCGGUGCUAUUCGCAAGUUUGAAGAUAUGCUCAUCAAGAGUAGAGUUUUUGCCCCGCCGACCCGCGAGAAGAAACUCCGUAGAGCGGUCGUUAUGGUUGAUCCCGUAGCCCACCACAGUUCCCUACUUCCUUUUCGUGAGUUGGCCCGCUUAUAUCCCCUCGGGAAAGGGGUCAAGUCCCGAUCUGUUACUGGGUCUCACGUAGAUGUCUCGAAGUCCCAGGCAUCUCCCGAGUUCAUCGAAAUAGAACUCAUGGUACCCACUGGGUCCUAUGAUAGGACUCCUAUCCCCCUCCCUCGUGACCGUUUAAAACAGGUCCUCCCCCUCGACGGUGUGAAAGGCAUCGCGUCCAUUGAGGCGCUCCGUGACACCCUGGAACAAGUAAGCAUAUUCAAUCGUCAUCAUGGUGACGACUACGCGACCCCUGUGGUCGUUCUUUCGGCGUGCAGUAACGUAACGGGAGCAUGUCAGGACAUGCCCACGGUGUCAACACUGGUACAUACCUUCCGUGGUAUCAUCGCUUGGGACUGCGCUGCAAUUGCUGCUCAUAGAGAGGUCAACAUGAAUCCACCGACACACCCUGAGGGUUACAUCGAUUUCGCCUUCCUCUCUCCUCACAAGUUGCUGGGUGGGCCGGGCAGUAGCGGCAUACUGCUGUGCAAGAGGAAGCGUCAAACGAAUUCAAUACCGACCAUUUGCGGAGGCGGCACGGUCGAGUUCGUCAGCAGUAGAGGACAUUACUAUCUGUCGGACCUCGAGGAACGAGAAGAAGCCGGCACUCCUGAUAUUCUCGGAUGCAUCCGAGCUGGCGCUGUAUAUCACAUUCACACUUUACUGGGCAUUAAUGCAAUCGCCGAGGACGAAGGUCGCAUGGCGGCUUACCUCGAUAAAAAACUCCGAGGCAACAGCAAGAUUCAUAUCUUGGGACCGAAAGUCGGCAGAUACUUACACUACAAUUUUGUCGGUUGUGUUCUCAACGAUGUUUUCGGCAUUCAAGCUCGAGGCGGCUGCGCAUGCGCUGGACCGUAUGGGGAGGCUCUUCUCGGCCUCGGUGGCGUCAACGGCGAGCGGUUCGAAAUGACAGCAUUGUCAACUCGCGACAUGAUCUUCAAGCCGGGGUUUGUUCGUGUUGGAGUUCACUUCACAAUGACCCAAGAAGAGCUGGAGUAUCUCGCAGAUGCAAUUCUGUGGAUUGCCGAGAAAGGGUGGAUGUUGAUGCCGGCAUAUGAGUUUGAGCUUAGCUCUGGAGAAUGGAAGCAUGCCCACAGAGACGACGUCAACGUCAUGAAGUAA